AUGCAAACCAUAAAUGAUAUUCAGUUUAAUAACAAUCUCUAUUCACAAGUUAAUCAAUGGGCACUUAUACUUUAUCAAAUGAAUGGACCGUCGAUCGCGAUACCCUUACCUUAUGCACAUCUAAUGACAUUUAUACAGGUUUUUGAUGAUAUAGCUCGUUGUCAACAUCACAUCGACACUAAUAAAGAAAAACUGUUUACACUAUUUGCAUACAGUGAAAAUAUCGAAACAUGGUUGUUGAAUAAUAAAAUACCAGAUCACUUAGAUGAAAUUAUUAUCUUUUGUUUACCUUCUGAUAAUCAACAAUAUUUAAAAUCAUGGGCAAGACGUUACACAGAUAAAAUUAAGGAUAUAAAUUCAUACGAUGAACUUGAACGCGAUUUAUUAUUAUUUGGAAUGAAAUAUAUUAAAAAAUUAUUUUCAUAUUUUCAAGAUGAUGAAGGAAUAUUGAAUUUAUUGAAAGCAGAUUACAAGAAGUUGGGACUAGCUUUGAUUGAUAGUUUCGCGAAAGAAAUCAACAAGCAAGAUACGUACAUUAAUACAAGUGUAGAAACUACUUAA